ACACCGGAAGUCAAAUAUGACGUAGCGUGUGUAUUUCCUGAUUAUUUCCAUUUUUGUUUAACGCUAUGUUAGACAACCAGUAGCUUGCACCUCCUUAAAUAUCAUAAUUAGAAAUUAAAUCAGCAUGCCGAAAGUUGUGUCUCGAAGUGUUGUGUGCUCUGACACUCGAGACCGGGAAGAGUACGACGACGGAGAGAAGCCCCUUCACGUCUACUACUGCCUUUGCGGCCAGAUGGUGUUGGUCCUGGACUGCCAGCUGGAGAAGCUCCCCAUGAGGCCUCGAGACAGAGCCCGGGUGAUCGACGCGGUCAAACACGCACACAAAUUCUGCAACGUGGAGCAAGACGAGAACACUUACAUCAAGAGAGCAGAGGGCAUCGAGCGGCAGUACCGCAAAAAGUGCGGCAAGUGCGGCCUGCUGCUCUUCUACCAGCACCAGGAGAAGAACACUCAGGCCACCUUCGUCGUGGAAGGAGCGGUGGUUAAGUUCGGGCAGGGCAUCGGUAACACUAGCGUGUACAGCCAAAAGCAGCCCGAGGCUCCGAAGAAGGUUCGCGUCAUGAUGACGAAACGAACGAAAGACAUGGGCAAGUUUAGCUCCGUCACCGUGUCCACUAUAGACGAAGAGGAGGAGGAGAUCGAGGCCAGGGAGGUGGCGGACUCCUACGCCCAGAAUGCUAAAGUCAUCGAGAAGCAGCUGGAAAGGAAGGGCAUGAGCAAGAGGAGGCUUCAGGAAUUGGCCGAGCUGGAGGCCAAGAGGGCCAAGAUGAAGGGCACCCUCAUCGACAAUCAGUUCAAGUAGAGGAGGCCUGAUGAAGGCUUUCAAAAACCAUACAGUGGGACUUGUGACUGACAUUUAGUCAAAAAAUAAUAUUUUAGAUUUGGUGUUGUGGUGAGCCUGCUUCUCUGGGUGCACCAAGAUCUGAAACAUGAACAUUUUGUUAAUUGAAGACACCAAAUUAAUUGUUUGGUGGCUUGUGACCAACAUGUGUGUACACCUUGCACUUUUAGUUGAAAGUCAGCUGGGAUUGGUCUCGUAUUGAGGACAAGAGUGGUUCCAAGAGAAAAAAAAAAGAUAUUAUUUUGUACUUUGCCCAAUUAAAAAGUUUGGUACUUUGGAAAAAAAGAGGCUAUUUUCUGUUGAAACCGUUUUGCAAUAAUGACUGUUCAAACCACAAAUUGAAAUGACAUGUUACACAGCACAAGAAGUUGCACUCAAUUACAUCCGUACUUAAUUUUAUUCACCAGUUAAAAUUUUAAUUUACUGUAGUUAUGAUUUUUACCACUGUGUUGGUUGAUGUUUGACUACUUGUACAAAUACAGAAUAUACGUAUCAGGUAUGAGCCAGAUCUGCUCACGUGAUCAGAAAUUGUUCCCGAUCACAUCAUUUUCAGAGAUAUGAAAUCGGGUGAAGGACAUCAGGUUUUAAAAUGUAUUUGCUUUUGUCAUUAAUUUUUAAUGGCUACAAAACAAGAUGAUCUAAAGGAACAAAUACCAAAUGAAACAAAAAUUUUUAAACCAUAUCACAAGGAUUUGUAUCAUUAAAAAAUCUUUUAAACCACUGCUGCACUAAGAAAAUAUGUUAUAUUGGGAUAGUUUGGUAUGAAAAAUGAUAUGCUCCCCGCUACAUUGCCGCGGUCAUGGAAAGGCUAUUGGCAAAUCCUCAAAAUCAGGAGACUUUGAUUCGGGAAAUAUACUAUACACCAAAAACACGACCUGUUAAAUCACAAGAUAAAUGUUAAAUAUAGUACAGUUUAGUACAGUCAUUUUCAUCAGAUUGGACUAUUGCCACGGUAUAUUUACAGGUCUUGAUAAAAAAAAUCAGUCAGGAAGCUACAGCUAGUACAGAAUGCUGCAGCCAGAGUCCUCACAGAUACAAGGAACCUGGACCACAUUGCACUGGUUUUGAAAUCGUUACACUGGCUUCCAGUGAGUCAAAGGAUAGACUAUAAAAUGCUACUGCUCGUCUACAAAACACUUAAUGGACUUGGACAAAAAUAUAUGCUUGAUUUGUCAUCAGGAACCGGUUUCCUGUAUAUUCCAAGAACAAGAACCAAGCAGGGUGAGGCAGCAUUUAGUUAUUAGGCUCCUCACCUCUGGAACAGGUUACCUCAAGGUCUGAAGCAUGCUCAAACUGUUAGCUCCUUUAAAUCAGGGCUAAAAACGCUUGUUUAGCACAGCAUAUCCAUAACUCUAUAUAUUUCAAUCUAUUUGCUUUCUAUUCCUCUUGUGCUUUAUCUCCAUUGCUGAUUUCAAGUAUUAUUAUAAUU